UCUUGUUCAGUGCUGUGGAAGUGAAGUUUGUUUGGUCGAGAGAAAAUCGAUGAAAUUGAGUUUUAUUUUGAUGUGAUGAUAAAAUAGCGAACAGAACCGAGGCAGAAAGUCGGCGUGAGUUUAUUUCCACCUGAUCUGAGUUGCUCAUGAAAAUAUUUCACCAUGAAAGCUGAGGUUUCAACAGCUGUGAACUUUAUCAGCACAUUACUGAGAGGGACUGGGCUUUUAUCUGAACAACAGCUCCAACAUUUCAGCCAUUCAUUGGAAGAAGCUUUAGGAGAGCAUUAUGAGCACCACUGGUUUCCGGAUGCGCCGUGCCGGGGUUCGGGCUAUCGUUGUAUCCGGAUCAAUCACAGAAUGGAUCCGCUGAUCGGUAAAGCCGCCUGUACGAUUGGCCUGAGCAGAGAGCGGCUUUUCUCUCUCCUACCCAGCGAGCUCACCAUGUGGGUCGACCCGUACGAAGUGUCCUAUCGUAUAGGAGAAGACGGCUCUAUAUGUGUACUGUACGAGUCCACACCACCUCCACAGACUCACCUGAGCCAGGCAGAUAACUGCAAAGAGAAACUGCGUUUCGGACGCACGGGCCUGUCCAAGUCCUUCAACAUGAUGACCGUUUCGACUUAAUUUCUUUUCAAGCUCUUGAAAUGCUUGUCUCUGGGUAGCUAGUUUACAUUUGACUUUUAUGAUGAAAUGAAGAUCUAUUUUGAUGGAUUUUACCACAAAUGAGUUGUGUAAAUGUUUUAUACAUUUAAAAUAAAGAUGCUUUUUUUCCA